AUGAGCAACAACAUUCCUCUUCUCGAAGCAUCCGCUCUCCCAUCCGAUGAUUCCAACAACAUUCAACUCGUAGAAUCUUCCUACUACAUUCAACCCGUUCCGCAAGAUUUGGAAAUUGCCGAAGAUACGAAAUCGACUCUUCCCGAUUCCACACCCACCACCAGAACCAUCCUCUCAAAACGAGAGAAACUGAAGAAGUAUUGGAUGAUUUUCAGGAGAGCCACUUUUGGAAAUCGGAGACUGAAAUCCUACUUGCUGACUGUGUGUAAAUUUUUCAGUAUCACGUUUUUGCAGGCAAAUAAUUUAUUCGAGCUGGAUAAGGAAAAUACUCAUCCUGCUUUUACCAAAUCUAUUGAAAUUAUUUCGUAUACUUUUAUGGCAGUUUUGAUCUUGUCAUUUACUUUUAGAUAUGUGAGGGAAGUGUAUUGUUCUUGGAAAAAAAAGCCAUUGAAUAUUACACUGAACUGGGUGGAAGCAUGUAUUUUCUUUCUUUAUUUUAUUUUUUCAUGCAUGACAGCUGUCACACAUUUAGUUUAUAUUGGAAAAAGUGCUUACAAUGAAACAAAUCCUGUAACACCAACUAAAAUUGGAAUGGGAAUAUUUGGAGUGUUAGUGAAUUAUUAUAUUAUUUUGGAAAAAGCUUGGGCUUAUUUGAAAGCUUCUAAAUAUUCUGCGAGUAUGUAUUUGGCCAAAGGAACACUCAUUCCAAACGAAAAGAAGACCAAGUAG